ACUUAUCGGAUUGUUUUGCUUGUGAUUUUGUGUGAAAAACAUAAAGUUUGUGAAAGCGGAAAAUGGAGCGGAAUUUGGAAGUCGAUGUGCUCCGCUCUUUAGAAAUUAAUUUUCUUGAUGAAGAUGAAGAAAAUGAACACCGUGAUGUUACGGAAAACUUCUUGGAAAAAACGAACAAUGUAAGUGACGUUGAAUUCGCCACGGCUCUGCAGCGCUUCGGAAGUGUUUUGCUGAUGAAAAGUCAAACGCCCCAAUUAAAGAAAAAGAAAUCUGACGCGGUGAAGGAAAUCAUCAUGCACUUUUUGAUUGAAAAAGGAAUAAACAUGACAGAAAAGCAAGUGUUGAAAAAAGUGAAUAAUAUGAAAUCACGCAUCAAAACGAAAACCGACAAGAAGGCCACAGUAAACCGAAAAAUAAAUCUAAAUCCGGGCGAAAAAAUCAUGUAUGACCUCCUAGGAGCUGAAGACAACCCAGCAGUAGCGAAAGUUAAAUAUGGUGUUGCAGUUGGUGUUUCCCAAAGGGUUUUCAAAGAACCUAAUAUUACUAUCUCUUCGGAUGAUCCUUUGAUGAUUUCCUCGCCUCCUCGUUUCAACGCCCCAGUUGAUUCAUCGAUUAUUUUGGAAUCUGAUCCAAAUCUAGAUGGUUCCACUUCUGCUGGUGAAAAACUUACUCCGCCUGCACGAACAAAUAGGCGUUCGAAUGAAACGCACGGAUCCAGACCAUCGAAACCACGAUCUGACCAAGAAAAUUUGUCGACAACGCAACUGCAGCGAAUGGUUUUAAUCAAGCAGCUUCGAGUUCUGGAACAGGAAAUGCGUGUAAAUGAAAAAAUGGAGACAGUACUCGAUAAAGCCAGAACAUUAUUAGAUCGCUACCUAUAAUUUCGAGAGUAUAGGUUAUCAGGAGAAUUUAUCGAUCAAAAUAAAACAUCGAUAUCGAUUUAAUAAAAUGAAUAGAAUAAAAACGAAAA